GUCUAACCAAGAUGGAUGUGGGAGAUUCCCAGUUCCAGUCUCUGGCUCUGUCUGACACCUUGUCUUUUGAUGGACUUGGACCUCCUUUACAGACUUCCUUAGCAUCGCCACAAGAGCAGUGUGUGCCAUGUACACUGGAUGAAGAGCUCGGACCCCCGACCACACCCGAAGGCAGAAACGAUGAGAAGGCUCUUAUAGAGCAGCUCGUCUCGUUCCUCAGCGGGACCGAUGAGAGCGAGCUGAUCAAACUGGACAAGGCUCUGGGUAUCGACAAACUGGUGCAGGGCGGCUGCUUCGACCCGUUCCCUCCUAGUUUCYUGCCCCAGCAGCCGACUGCCACGCCGGUGUCCAUGGACCCCAAACCCCCCGCCUUCACCUCCCAGUUUACAGCAGCCUCACAGCCGACGUUUGCUCCAGAGCUGGCCGCCGUGGGGCAACAGGGUCUGGGGUUUGGAGCCCCCCACGGGGCAAUCCCAGGCGGGGCGGGGGGCAUCGGUUUGAGGCCGGGCCUGGUCAGACCGCAGGGGGUGGGCCCCCAGGUCAGGCUGCCCUCCAACCARCUGCGCCUGCAGCUGCAGCAGAGGCUUCAAGGCCCGCAGCAGAACCGGCUUGCAGCCAUGAGUCCGUUUCCAGGAGGAGCCCAACAAAUCAACAACGGGAUUCGUCCGGCGGUUCAACAACCCCAGAUGCCCUCGCAGCAGCCUCCGCUCAACGCUCAGAUGCUGGCCCAGCGUCAGAGGGAGCUCUACAGCAUCCAGCACCGCCAGCGCCAGCUGUUCCAGCAGAAGGUCAUGCUCAUAAGACAGAGCAUGGCAGGCGCCCCGCCGGGGGCCGCGGGACCCACCGGCACCGCCAGGGUCCCGAAGGUGUCCCCCACCAUGUCUCAACAGAAGUUCAACUUCCCGCCCGGUUACAACCCGAUGGCGGGAAACACCCCUACCUCACCGAGUCACUUCAGCCCCUUGUCGGGGGGCCCUCUGGACAGCAAGCUGCCCGUCAGAGUCCCCCUGAACAACCAGACGCUGAUGGGUGGCUUGCAGGGCCAGUUCGACAGCAACGCAAACUCCUCAUUACAGCAGGGCCUCUUCCAGCAGUUUGGAGGUUCUGCUGUGGUCCAACAAGACCCACCGUUUCCUCCUGAGAUGAGCCCCACCAGCCCAUUGUUAUCACCUCAGAACUCCACCCCCCAGAGUCCUCUGCUUCAGCAGACCCCGCCUACUGGCUACCAGUCACCAGACAUGAAGAGCUGGCAACAAGCAGGCAUGGGCAGCCUGUUCAGUCAGUCGGGACAGAGCGCAGGGCAGCCAUUCGGCCAGCAGGGGGUGUACAACAACAUGAGCAUCACCGUCUCCAUGGCCGGAGGCUCCGGGGCCGUCAGCUCGCUACCUCCCCUGGGACAGGCGGUCGGCAUGAGCAACAGUAACCUCAGCAACGCCGGCUCCGUGUGCAGCGACCAGCAGGUGCAGCAGGUUCAGGUGUUUGCAGACGUCCAGUGCACAGUGAACCUCGUCGGCAGUGACUCCUACCUGAAUCAGGGCUCCAUGGGGGCCACGGCCCCCCCGAAGGGCCCCGGACCACAGGGCUCCCAGAACAACCAGGCCCAGCAGAAGAGCCUCCUCCAGCAGCUCCUCACCGAGUGACCUCCCCCCACCCCCUCUCACCUCAACGCCUCUUCCUGGGGAGGUGGGCUCACCAGACCCGUUGCUGUCUCUGCCUCAGCUUUCGGACGGAUGGACGGACGGCCACAGAUUAAAGUCACGGAGAGGUGCGGCUGUCAGCGGAGUCCUGCAGCCUAACCACCUGUUUACCGGAGACGGAGGGGGUGCGGAGUUUGGUGGUCCGGUUGUGUUUACGGCCCGGUACUUACAGAGCGUCAGAAGGAGCAGCAGCGUGUUGAAACCUGCCUGUCUGAUCUGUCUGACAACCUGUCUGUCUGCCUCAGCCUAUUAAAGGCAGAGUUGUCUUGCUGCUCAUUUCUCGGUGACCUACUUCCUGCUUCCUGACCCAAGAAAACAACCGCAACAUCAUUGUAGAUUUGCCAAGUUGUCGUCACCGUCGAAUCAGGGCCGUUCUCUUUUUGUUUUUUAUUUUUAUUUUUAAUGUUUUCUUUCUGAUGAGACGGUUGUCGUCACGCCGUCGCAGCAGCAGUAUCUUUGGAGUCGUGCGGGAGAUCCACAGCACCUCCGGCUUUUUGUGUUUGUUUUUUUAUUUGUUUGGAUUGAUUGUUUGUUGUCUAACUGUCUCUCAGCGAUGUGGGAAUGUUUAAGGUUUCAGACCUCUGCGGCGGCGUGGGACAGAAGCUCAGGAUCAGCUGGUUCUGUGACUGUUUCUGUCGGCUGCGCUGCCUGGUGGAAGUGUGAGUUUUUCCCCUCCAAGCUCUGCUUCUUCUUCUUCUUCUUCUUCGACGUAUUUUUCUAUUCUGGUUUUAUUCUCAUGUUUCGGUUUGGAUUGUUUAAAAUCUUCUGCUCUCAUCAUCAUCAUCAUCAUCACGACCUUCAGAACAAGCUUUGACAACAACCAGGAUGGAUGGAUGGAUGGGAGACACAGAGGAUGCUGCUCAUUUUGGAACUUGGAUGUGUUUCUCCGUUCGGAGAGGAGGUUUUUAUUUCUUGUUUUUGUCUUUUUGUCAAAGUAUGAAAGAGACUGUUAUAAAUAUUUAACUGUUUGUCCGUCACAUUUUACCCUCACCUCAGCAGCUGUGAAUACGGAGCCUGACGGGCUCCCUCUUUCUUCUUCUCCGUGUAUCUUCACACUUUCUCUCAGCCUAUCAGUGUUGUUUGCCACGUGCACAAUGCAGGCAGGUAGUAUUGUACAGAACAGAAGGACAAAGACUUGGGAACGAGAACUCUUCUCUUGUAACUGCUUUCCUUUAAAAAAAAAAACAAAAACAAAAAAAACGUGUAAUUAAUUGAUAACUAAGAACGGCAAAUAUGUAUAAUGUGAUUGGAUCCUCUCUUUUCUCUUUUUAAAACCAGUUUUAAUAAUGUCCACUCGUGGUUUUUGAAAUUAUUUUUUGGCAUAUUGUAACACAGCUACAUGUUGCAGUGGAGGAGGAUGUUAUUCCAGCUUCUAAAAUGUGAAAUUUUAAGCAAUUUGAUUUAAAAAAAAAAAAGUAAAAAAAAAAAAAAUUAGCUAGAUGUUGCUCCCUGUUGGCAUCCCGUUAAGCUCAGUUUUGAUUUCUCAUGGUAAUCAGGGAGCCAGUUAGCCUUAAUUAUUCUUUUGUUUUUGCUUUUUAAUGUUUUUUUAUUUACUGCUUGAGUUGUUUUCAGACAGUAAAUGAGGUUGUAUAAAAAUUGGUCGAGCUGUUGCUGCGACUCGACAGCUUGCAGCAAACAGACUUUUUGGCUUAUUGUUCCUAUAUAAUGACGUUUAAAUAGAGGCUUUAGUGUUAGAACUUCCUAACAAACGAUUGAUUGAUUGAUUGAAUAAUUUGAAGCUGUUGUAAAUUCAAAUCAAGUUGGGAAGGAUUGCAAAACAAAAACACUUUCCUUUUUUUAUUUUUCUUAAUUGAUGUUCCCAUUGAUGAUGAGAUUUUUAGGAUCCCCCUCCGGUUUCCCCCGAUGAAUACUUCACUCCACCGGCUGCUCAGAUGUACAGUUUUCUGUUAACUACUGUUGACCAGUCAUACACUGUCUCUCCAAGUGA